GAAGGUUCUUUUUCCUUAGGCAGAGCGCAUCCGUAGCGAAACUUCAAACCAUCACGUUCCUAAUUCUCCGCACGUCUUUCCAAUAGUUUUAGAGAGAACCUAAGCAAAGCAACCAAAUAGUUUUUCUAGUUUUAGCGUGUGGGGUCCCAAUAAUAACGCAUUAACCUUUUUAUUUAUUUGAUAAUAUUCAAAUUCGAUUCCUAUCGAGCUAUCCUACUUUGAUAAUAAUCAAAAUCCCCCAAGAGAAGAGAAGAGAAGAGACACAGAGUCGUGGUGCGUUGGCGUUGGUGCUGGUGCUGAAACCAAAAUGGAAUAAGAAUCAAAUAUAUACAACAAGAAGCAAUAGUUUAAUUUAUAUACCAAGUCUUCUUAAUUUGUUUUUACAGCAUUUUCCAGCAAAUUAGAGAAAAGAAAAGAGGCGAUGGAUACGUACAGGCAGGGCAAUAAUGCUUGCAGCAUGAGGACGCCUCUAUCGGCUAUGGCGGAGGCAUUCGAGGAGCUACUCGAGAUUUCAAAAGCAAACCAGAAAGGCUCCGAAGAAGAGAUGAGGUUGGACACUUUCUGCGACGCCUGCUCUUUCGUCUCUGUUCUUUUUGGUUGCCUCGGCCUCGCUUUCAAGUUCGCCGAGUUGGAAUACGUCUCCAAGGUACGUGAUCUUAAGGAAGCAUCAAGGACAUAUGACACUAUAGAAGAUAUACUUGAGCUUGAUGUUGCAAAUGACACGGUAAAGACACCAGGAAGCCUUUCACGUAAUUUACGACGAGUAAGACAGGGUCUUGACCUCAUCAGAGCUUUGUUUGAACAAUUUUUGUCAACGGAAGAGUACUCUUUAAAGGAAGCAGCUUCUACAGCUUAUGCACAAGUUUGUGCACCAUACCACUCAUGGACAAUCAGGACAGCAGUUGCUGCUGGAAUGUAUGCUCUUCCUACAAGAGACCAACUUCUGCUGAGACUCAAUGAAACUGAUCAGUCAGCAGAGAAGAAAAUGAGAAGGUAUAUCAGUGCAGCACUUCCGGUAAUAGAGUACAUUGACAAACUUUACCUCUCUAGGAAUAUCAUCUUGGACUGGUGACUUCACAUUUGUGGGAAACAAAACAAAACAAAAAA